CAGAACCACAGAAGAAGAGCAGCGUCAGCUGGCGGACGUGACGUCAGCAGCGGAAGCGGAUUGAGAGCUGUUAGCGCUGCUGAGAAUAACCCCUGAAGCAGCUGUGUGUGAGAGAAACAGACCCGACAGCAGCUUGCAGAUGUCUGAGGACGUCUAUGAGAAGUUCCUGGCUCCAGAAGAGCCGUGUCCGCUGCUGUCUCGGAGAGGGAACCUCAGUGAAGAUGCUACGCUGGACGUCAGUGACUUCGGCUGUCAGCUGUCCUCGUGUCACCGCACAGACCCGCUCCACCGCUUCCACAGCAGCAGGUGGCACCUGACCUCCUGCGGCACCAGCGUGGCCAGCUCGGACUGCAGCGAGGAGCUCUUCUCCUCCGUGUCUGUGUGUGAUCAGGACGACUGCUACUCGCUGCUGGACGAGCAGGAGCUGGCCUCCUUUGAGCUGUUCCCCGAGGGCAGCGUGUGCAGCGACGUGUCCUCCUCCAUCAGCACUUACUGGGACUGGUCCGACAGCGAGUUCGAGUGGCAGGUGAGUCGUUUCUGCGCUCGCUGA